AUGCAUACUUCUGACCGGAUAAUAGCUAAGAUUUUCUUGUCUACUGAAACCAAGCUGACUCGAAAUGUACCAACACAAAAAGCGGUGGGAGAAUAUCCUAAAGGCCCAGUUGCAAAUCUAGGUACUGACUAUGAAUGGAAACUUCAUUGCCUAUUUGCAGUAGCUGCAUUCAAAUAUUUUGUCAACUGGAGCUUGGCAAAUGAAUAUAUCGACGCUGGAAAAUUCGAUGAUUUGGUAUUUAAAGUUGAUAAUGAGUGCUUGUUACUACAGGCAAAAUUUAAGGAAAACAAACAAGUCUCUGAUCGAGACUUCUGGUCAACUAAGCCAAAAUCUGAUAAUUUUAGUAUUUAUAAGUAUAUUCUAUCAUAUAUUGAUAUAAAAUGGAAGUUUAAUGAGCUCAAGACGAAUGCUAUAAUACUAUGUACCAAUGCCAAUUUACCAGAUAGCAUAUUUAAUUCUCAAAGGACUUCUGAAAAUAAUAUAAUAAAUAAAAUAUUUGGAAAUCAAGUAACAAUAAGUACUAUUAAAGAAGAACAUCGCAAAAAAUUUGACGAAGUUAAAACUUAUCAACAAAAUAUUAGCGACGACGAUAAAGACAAACUUGCAUGGCGAAAUAUAUCUCUAAACGAUAAUGAUAUUGAAGAGUUUAUGUCCAAAUUUCUAGUCAUCAAAUUUGUUAUGACACUCACGAUUGUGAGUACAGGGUUUGUAAGGGAUAGAGAGGAAAAUGAUAGAUGUAUUCAACAGUUUUUAAAUUACGAAAUCUCUUUUUCAAAUCCCUAUCAAUUUUUACAUUCUAUUAAUUUAAUCAAAGUUGAAGACAAUUUGGAUUUAUUUUUAUCCAAAAUAGUUAACAGUAUAAAAUUGAUUUAUAAAAAACUAGACAAACCCGAUGAAAUGUUCUUCAAAGAAGUACUAUUUCUGGCAUUACAGACAGAUUACAAAACGAUUGAAAAUGCUGUGGAAUGGUUUAAAAUAAAAACCGUUAAAUAUUUAGUUGUUUCCUUUUUGGAAAUGGACGAGAAUCAAAGUAAAGAAAUAUUUAAAAAAAUAUUAAGAAUAUUAGACACUAGUAAACAAAAGAAGGUUAUUAUUGUGGCAAAAAAUUUCGGAUUUCAAGAUAAAAAUAUCGAAAACGAUCAAGUCCGCUUAAAUCUAUUCGAUAAAAACACACGAGAACGAGUUUGUAACAGGAUUAUUGAAUUUCAAGGUGAAGCUAUAACAUUAAAACAUGUGUUAAAUAAUUGUAAGGUGUUCAAUUUAAUGAAUGGUUGUAAGUUCUUAGAUAUAAUGGAUAAGUCUUAUAUUUGUUCCUUAGUAAAAUCUAAAGGAGAAUCAUUUGAUUUAAAUGGAGAUUCGUACAAAGAACUAGUAGAAUCUAUAAAAAAUAAGUUAUCGUAUGAUGACUCAGACUUGGAAAGUCAAACAAUUUUAGAAUUCGGAGGUCGGCAGAUUAUACUAGAUGAUAUAGUAACAAUUUGUAAGAUAGAAUAUCUGAUUGACGAAUUAUUUAUUUUGCAAUUAAUUAAAGAGGAACGUUUGUCUUUAGGAAAAUCUUCAAUACCGUCAAUAACAUCAGAAAAAUAUUAUGUUCCUCGACUUUUAAGUAGGGAUUUUCAGAAUUUAUUUUCUGAAGAACUUCUACUUGAUCAAUUAAAAACAAUUAAUAAAAAGGUAGCUGUACUUACUGGCCCCCCAGGUGCUGGCAAAACAACUCUUUUAGAAAAUAUAAUAUUAUCGAGAAAGUUAAAAGAUAAGAAUUGUUCCCGACUGACGUGGAUAAUAAAUAUAGAAUUAUCAAGAGCGGUAGAGUAUCUACGUAAUAAAAGUUUUAAUCACAAUCUUUUAGAUUUGUUAAUCUAUUGUGAAGAUACUAGAGGUAAUUUCGACAUUCAGGCUUUAAAAUCUAUAGAGAAGAUUGUAGUAAUCGAUGGAAUAGACGAAAAUAAUUCAGAGUACAUUCAUCAAGUGCAAGAUUUGCUUGAAGAUUGCUCAAACUUGGAGAAUCUGAAUAUCUUAUUAGUUAUAAUGGCUUGUAGGGAUUAUGAUUUUAUCUUAAAGAAAAUUCGAAAUAGGCCAAACCUGGAGACAAUUGUGAUAGAACCGUUUAAUGAAAAAGAUCAAGAGAUUUUUUUUGAAAAGUAUGUAACAUUUAAGAAUGCAACUAGCGUACAAAAAACAAAAGAUAUGUUUUGCCAUUUAAAAGCACAAUCACCUGGAAUUAACAAAUUUUGUUUAACACCAUUUGCGUUAAGAUUAUUAAUCGACAUAUUACUAAAUAACGAGGACCUUGUAGAACAUAUAUCGAAAAUAUUUUCUAAAUCGUUAAGUGUGUAUGAAUUUUAUAAUCUUUUUUUAGAAGAGAAGAAAAAAACGUUUGUUCAACAACAUAAAGAUGACCGUUGUGGCAAAAAUACCAUUGUUGUAUCAGAUGCAUUUGAUACAUAUUUAACAAAAACAAGAGAGUUUGCUGCUAGUAAGAGCCUUCCGCUAGAAUUACAAGAAUGUUUCAAUACUGAUAUAUCCCCUUCUAUAACUACAUCGAUGCUUUCAAUCGGGAUAUUUGAAGAAAAUAAUGGAGAAUUUAAAUUCAUUCACAAAAGUUUCGAAGAAUACUUCGUUGCCGAAUAUAUUUGGAAAUUUCUCAGUCAUAAACGUAUAAGCGACUCUAUACUCUUAACUCUUCUUAACAAACUUUUUCUUAAUGUUCAGUAUACUGGUGUCUCUGGAUUCUUUGAAGAAAUUCUGAAUACCAAAAUAUCAGUCGGAGAUAUAUGUGUCAGUAAGAUUAGUAAACAGUUUGGUCGAGUACUGAAUGAACAAAGAUGGGUAGAAAGUAUAUCACUUUUAGUAUUUCAAGGCCAUUUUAGUAUUUUCAAAUUGGUAUUUCACGAAUACGAUGAUUUUUAUAAAAUUAUUAAUCAUAGGGGUUCUUCUGAUGCUGAAAUAAACAGCGAUGAUGAGAAUGGACUUGGCGUAUUUCAUGACAUCAUGAUGUUCUUUGACUCAGACAAAUACAAAAUAUAUUUUAAUAUGAUCUUUGAAAAAAUGAAAUUACCGGAGUAUUCUAAAACAAAUACGGUUUUUGAGGAGUACUUGAAACUUAUACGGAGAGAUCUGCAAAACGGUAUUCGACCUAAGACAAAGCAGACUCGAAAUGUACCAACACAAAAAGCGAUGGGAGAAUAUCCUAAAGGCCCAGUUGCAAAUCUAGGUACUGACUAUGAAUGGAAACUCCAUUGCCUAUUUGCAGUAGCUGCAUUUAAAUAUUUUGAGAACUGGAGCUUAGCAAAUGAAUAUAUCGACGCUGGAAAAUUCGAUGAUUUGGUAUUUAAAGCUGAUAAUGAGUGCUUGUUACUACAGGCAAAAUUUAAAGAAAACAAACAAGUCUCUGUUCGAGACUUCCGGUCAACUAAGCCAAAAUCUGAUAAUUUUAGUAUUUAUAAGUAUAUUCUAUCAUAUAAUGAUAUAAAAUGGAAGUUUAAAGAGCACAAGACGAAUGCUAUAAUAUUAUGUACCAAUGCCAAUUUACCAGAUAGCAUAUUUAAUUCUCAAAGGACUUCUGAAAAUAAUAUAAUAAAUAAAAUAUUUGAAAACCAAGUAACAAUAGGUACUAUUAAAAUAGAAUUUCGCAAAAAAUUUGACGAAGUUAAAACUUAUCAACAAAAUAUUAGCGACGACGAUAAAGACAAACUUGCAUGGCGAAAUAUAUCUUUAAAUGAUAAUGAUCUUGAAGAGUUUAUGUCCAAAUUUCUUGUCAUCAAAGUAAGUAAAGAACAAAUUGAUAAACGAAUUUCUGAUCUUAUUACGAGCAUGGAGAAAAAAAAUCCUUCGUUAAAAAAUUUGUAUAUAAUAAAUGAUAUUCACUACUGGCGCAACUUGGGCUCUAAAAAUUCCGUUUACAUGACGAACAAUUAUAUGAGAUUUGUAUGGUAUAGAGAAGAAAAUGAUAGAUGUAUUCAACAGUUUUUAAAUUACGAAAUCUCUUUUUUAAAUCCCUAUCAAUUUUCACAUUCUAUUAAUUUAAUCAAAGCUGAACACAAUUUGGAUUUAUAUUUAGCCAAAAUAGUUAACAGUAUAAAAUUGAUUUAUACAAAGCUAGACAAACCCGAUGAAAUGUUUUUCAAAGAAGUACUAUUUCUGGCAUUACAGACAGAUUACAAAACGAUUGAAAAUGCUGUGGAAUGGUUUGAAAUAAAAAACGUUAAAUAUUUAGUUGUUUCCUUUUUGGAAAUGGACGAGAAUCAAAGUAAAGAAAUAUAUAGAAAAAUAUCGAGAACAUUAGAGACUAGCAAACAAAAGAAGGUUAUCAUUGUGUCAAAAAAUUUCGGAUUUCAAGAUAAAAAUGUCGAAAACUAUCAAAUCCGCUUAAAUCUAUUCGAUGAAGACACACGAGAAAGAGUUUGUAACAGGACUAUUGAAUUUCAAGGUGAAGUUAUAACGUUAAAACAUCUGUUAAAUAAUUGUAAGGUGUUAAAUUUAAUGAAUAAUUGUGAGUCCUUAGAUAUAACGGAUAAGUCUUAUAUUUGUUCCUUAGUAAAAUCUACAGGAGGACCAUUUGAUUUAAACGAAGAUUCGUACAAAGAACUAGUAGAAUCUAUAAAAAAUAAGUUAUCGUAUGAUGACUCAGACUUGGAAAGUCCAACAAUAAUAGAAUUCCAAGGUCAGCAGAUUAUACUAGAUGAUAUAGUAACAAUUUGUAAGAUAGAAUAUCUGAUUGAAGAAUUAUUUAUUUUACAAUUGAUUAAAGACGAACCUUUGACUUUAGGAAAAUCUUCAAUACCGUCAAUAACAUCAGAAAAAUAUUAUGUGCCUCGAUUCUUAAGUAGGGAUUUUCAGAAUUUAUUUUCUGAAGAACUCUUACUUGAUCAACUAAAAAUAUCUAAUAAAAAAAUAGCUGUACUUACUGGCCCCCUAGGUGCUGGCAAAACUACUCUUUUAGAAAAUAUAAUAUUAUCGAGAAAAUUGAAAGAUAAGAAUUGUUCCCGACUGACGUGGAUAAUAAAUAUAGAAUUAUCAAGAUCUGCAGAAUAUCUACGAAAUAAAAGUUUUAAUCACAGUCUUCUAGAUUUUUUAAUCUAUUGUGAAGAUAUUAGAGGUAAUUUCAAUAUUCAGGCUUUAAAAUCGAUAGAGAAGAUUAUAGUAAUCGAUGGAAUAGACGAAAAUAAUUCAGAGUACAUUCAUCAAGUGCAAGAUUUGCUUGAACAUUGCUCAAAGUCGGAGAAUCUGAAUAUUUUAUUAGUUAUAAUGGCUUGCAGAGAUUAUGAUUUUAUCUUAAAAAAAAUUCGAAAUAGACCUAACGCAGAAACAAUUGUGGUAGAGCCGUUUAAUGAAAAUGACCAAGAAAUUUUUUUUGGAAAGUACUUAACAUUUAAAAAUGCAACUAACGUACAGAAAACAAGAGAUCUGUUUCACCAUUUAAAAGCACAAGCACCUGGAAUUAACAAAUUUUGUUCAACUCCAUUUGCGUUAAGAUUAUUGAUCGACAUAUUACUAAAUAACGAGGACCAUGUAGAAUAUAUAUCGAAAAUAUUUUCUAAAUCGUUAAGUGUGUAUGAAUUUUAUAAUCUUUUUUUAGAAGAGAAGAAGAAAACAUUUAUUCAACAACAUCAAGAUGAAAGUUGUGACAAAAAUAGUAUUGUAGUAACAGAUGCAUUUGAUACUUACUUAACGAAAACAAGGAAGUUUGCUGCAAGUAAGAGCCUUCCACGAGAAUUACAAGAAUGUUUCAAUACUGAUAUAUCCGCUUCUGUAACUACAUCGAUGCUUUCAAUUGGGAUAUUUGAAGAAAAUAACGGAGAAUUUAAAUUCAUUCACAAAAGUUUCGAAGAAUACUUCGCUGCCGAAUAUAUUUGGAAAUUUCUCAGCCAUAAACGUAUAAGCGACUCUAUACUCUUAACUCUUCUUAACAAACUUUUUCUUAAUAUUCAGUACACUGGUGUUUCUGGAUUCUUUGAAGAAAUUCUGAACAGCAAAAUAUCAGUCGGUGAUAUUUGUUUACGUAAGAUUAGUAAAGAGUUUGGUCGGUUACUUAGUGAACAAAGAUGGGUAGAAAGUAUAUCACUUUUAGUAUUUCAAGGCUAUUUUAGUAUUGUCAAAUUUGUAUUUCACGAAUAUGAUGAUUUUUCCAAAGUUAUUAAUCAUAGGGGUUCUUCUGGUGAAACUGCAUUGCACCUAUCUGCUCACUAUCCACAUUUUGUCAAGUACUUGGUAAAAAAAGGUGCUGAAAUAAACAGCGUUGAUGAGAAUGGACAUGCCGUAUUUCAUUACAUCAUAAUGAUGUGCUGUGACUCUGACAAAUACAAAAUAUAUUUUAAUAUGAUCUUUGAGAAAAUAAAAUAUCGGGAGAAUAUUAAAACAAUAACGUUUUUUGAGGAGUAUUUGAAACUUAUACGAAGAGAUCAGAAAAACGGUAUUCGGCCCAAAGUAGAAUAUGACGUUAUUCUGGAUUUGAUUGACUAUCUAAAAGAUCAUGGAUUGCAUUUAAGCAUUAAAGAUGAAGAUGAAGAUACAUUUGUUCAUUGGGCUGCACAAGCAGGUUUUCUUACUUUACUUAAAACACUCAUAGAAAAAUAUAAACUAGAAUAUACGGCUGUUAACAGAAAUGGAAAUUCACCGCUUCAUUAUACUUGCCAGUUUGACUUUCUUGAUAUACUAGAAUAUUUCGAACAGAGCGAAUUACUGUGUGUAAAUCGUUCCUCACUUGUGGCUUCGAAUAAACCACCAAAAACAGUAAAAAUAUUAAAUGAUUUGGAUCAACAAAAUGAAAGCAUAUUAGUGAAAAAUAAAUAUUUGAAUUUAAGUACUGUAAAUACAGCCGGAGAAAGUCUUAUACACAAAGCUGUUGCAGAAAAUGCUAUGAAUAUAUUAACUUGUCUAAUUAAUACAUAUAAACUAAAUCCAAACCUAGUUGACAAAUACGGAUAUACACCUCUUCAUGACGCAGCUUUCAAUAAUUCCUUGGAAGCUUUCAAAUAUUUAUUAGAGACUACGCAAUUGGACGUUAACGACUGCAAUAACAAAGGUGACACUGUUCUACACAGAGCAGCAUGUGGAAAUGCUUUAAAAAUUAUCCAGUAUCUAUAUUCACGAGAUGACUGUAAACAUCUCUUUAAACAAAAAAAUAACGAUGGUGAUACAAUUAUCCACAGCGCAGCGUGGGGAAAUGCUGCAGAAUCUUUAACAUUUUUAAUAUUCACCUGUAAAUUAUCUUGUGAUGUUCCUAACAACUAUGGUUAUACUCCUGCCCACGAUGCAGCAAAAAACAAUUCGCUUAAUGCUCUAAUAAUUUUAGAAAACAACAAUGCAAACUUAUUUGCUAAAAAUGAAAGAGGUGUUAGUUUAUUACACAGGUCAGCUUUUUACAAUGCAAUAGAUGUAAUUAAAUAUUUAACUACUAGACUUAAUAGAAAUACUAGUUCAGAAACAAAGCUAAAUCUAGUUGAUGAUUAUGGAAAUACACCUUUGCAUUCAGCAGCUUCAAAUGAUGCAUUAGAAUCUUUCAAGUAUUUAUUAAUUCAUGCCAAAUUUGAUGUUAAUCAACGCAACGAAGGUGGUGCGUUGGUAGUUCAUACGGCUGCGUAUGAAAAUUCUAUGAAAGUGCUUCAGUUUCUUAUAGAUGACUAUAAACUAAGUCCACAGGUAGUGGAUGAAUUUGGCAAUACACCUCUUCAUUAUGCGGCUUCCAAUGACGCACUGGAAGCAUUCAAGUACCUGCUUCAAUCCGAGAAAAUAGAUGUAAAUUAUUGCAACAAUGACGGCGAUACUGUGCUUUACAUGGCAGAGGUCGCAAAUGCUACAAAAAUAAUUGAAUACUUACACUCAGAACCUGCAUACGCACAUUUAUUUAAUAUUGCAAAUAAAAUUAAACAUAUUAAACGUAAAGGUAUUAACAUGAUGAGGAUGACAAUGGACAUACUCCGCGCGACGAUGGAGGUUGCAGUACACAAAAUUAGAUAUAAAGUGUGAAAGUGUUAUAUACAUAGCUUCUUGUAAAAACUCUAUAAAAGUGCUAAAGUAUCUAAUUAAUGAGUGUAAUAUGAGUUCAACUCUAGUUGAUAUACAUGGCACUAUACCACUUAAUGCUGCAGAAAACAGGGAAAAUAAUAAGAGACAAAUAAAGCAAUACGCCCAAAUAAGUCUUGAAUAGAUCAGAUGGAGAACAUCAAAGACUAGAUAAAAAAUAGAAGAAUAGAAUCAAACGAUUAUAUAAGUCUAAUGACAAUAAAUAGAGUAGUUAAAAAAAGAAGACAAUUAGUAGGAAGACCAAAAAAAUGAUGGAACGACAACUUACUGGAAGCACACUGAAAAACAGACAGUCAUGUCUACAGUAAAAAAGGAAGAAAAAGAAGAAUUUUUGAAGACAAACUGACUCUAGCCAUUGCCGUUAGAAAUACUUCCCAAAAACUGAAGAGAUAGCUUACAAUCUACUAUGCACGAAAGAAUACUCCAACGAAUGAAGAGACCUUAGACUUAAUGAAAAUAGGAAAGACGAUAAUAACAAAGUAAAAAUAUAUAUUAAAAUCUCUACAGCAGAACUUACUUUAUUUUUCACUUUCUAACUUUAGUAUUUAUAGUGAAAUAAAACAUAAACUAUUUUUCUCGUUACUUUAUCAUUUUAUUUUCAUGUUUAAUUAAAUUAAUAUUAUGUCGCAUACUCUUUCGUAAUUUAUUAUAAGGACAUGAAAACUGCCAAAUACAAAAUUUACUUCAUUUGUAGCUACCUUCAUUCGGAACGUUUAGCCGUAUUUAUAAUUUUUUAAUCACGAAGUAUUAAACUUGUAAAGUUAAAUUAUUAGUACUGACUAGGAAUUUGUGAAAAUAUGUCGAAAAUACACAACUUUAAUCAUAGUGCUCAAUUUUGUAUCAUAAAGAAAAUUGUGAUAAACUAAAGCAUUUCUGUGGAUAUAUUAACUCUCAUUUGUACAUGAUUUUAUUUAUAUAUUUACAUAUACAUAUUAAUUCUAAAUUUUUACGAUUAAAAAUUUUUGUUUCU